UAAGACCAAUUAUGACUUCUGAGUUCUGACUAAGACGUCUGACAUACUCCUUUGUUGCUGUUCUGCACAGUCAUCUUACAGUCGUCGUCGGACUUGUCAGGAGCGAAAUGGCUUGGACCAAGUACCAAAUCGGCCUCGCCGUCCUCAUGGUUUUCACCGGGUCGAUCAACACCCUGACCACAAAAUGGGCCGACCAUUUGAAAGCUGCUGGGUCCGACGGGAAGACGAGGGAUUUCGACCAUCCCUUUGUCCAAGCCUGCUGCAUGUUCUUCGGAGAGAUGCUCUGUUUCCUCGUCUUCAAAUCAGUCUACUCAUACCAUCGUAAAAGAGGGACCGUUGAUGAAAACGAGCUUGUAAAAGGAAACCAGGAGUUCAACCCUUUCCUCUUUUUUCCCGCCUCGAUGUGUGACAUGAUCGGGACGUCGAUGAUGUACAUCGGUCUCAAUCUCACCAGUCCCAGCUCGUUCCAAAUGUUAAGAGGUUCUGUGAUUGUAUUCGUUGCACUUUUAUCAAAGUUCUUUCUUCAUAGAACAGUGGGCCUCAAGAAAUGGAUAGGAAUCAUUUUAGUUAUAAUCGGUCUUUGCGUUGUCGGCGUUUCCGAUUUUCUUCUCUCCUCAGGUUCCUCUAAGGAAAGCACGACUAACAUGAUAAUCGGUGAUCUAAUUAUAGUCGUAGCGCAAGUCAUCACUGCGAGUCAGAUGGUGUAUGAGGAAAAAUUUGUCUCCACAAGAGACAUACCUCCUUUGCAAGCAGUCGGCUGGGAAGGUAUUUGGGGAUUUCUUGUUUUGGGAAUUUUACAAGUCCCAUUUUACUAUAUAAAAGUGCCAAAGCCUUUCCAAAACAACUCAAACGGAUCACUUGAGGAUUUUAUUGAUGCGAUGGUUCAGUGCUGGAAUGAAAAGUUGCUGAUUGUCUCCUUAAUAGGUACGAUAAUAAGUAUUGCAUUCUUUAAUUUUGCUGGAAUAAGUGUGACCAAGGAGAUGUCCGCUACGACAAGAAUGAUUCUCGAUUCUGUCAGGACGCUUUUCAUUUGGGCUUUCUCAUUGUCUACCAGAUGGCAGUUAUUCCAUCCUUUGCAGAUCGUUGGGUUCAUCCUCCUUCUUAUCGGUAUGGCAACAUACAACGAUCUCAUCCCGUGUUCGAGAAGAAAGAAAGACGAAACUCUUGUCAACUCCCAAGACGAGUCAGCAUAAAUGGAAGGCGAUACUCUUGCCAAGACAGCUUAAUAUUGUCAUUGUGCUUAAAUUCAAGUAUUGUAAAUACAUACUCUUUAUUUGUCAGUACAUAUAAUUAUUACCAGAAGAAAGAUAUUUUCUAUGUGUAAAAAAGACUGAGUGAUACAAGAAAUUAUUUCAUUUAUUUUUGUAUAUAUAAGAUUAUUUUUUAUAUGUAAUAGAAAUUAUUUUUGAAAAAAAAAAAUAUCCUUGUAAUUUUACUUAUUAACACAAAAUUAGUUUGGCUAAUAAGUGCAUCAUUGUGAUCUGACUGGAAAAUUGGAUUUAUUUUUUGUUGUGAGGUUCAAAAAUUAAAUAUAGACACUAAAUAUUCAUAAAUAUAUAUUUU